AUGAAUUGCAUCAAAGAAAAUGAAAUAUGUGAAAAAAAUUGCAAUAAAAACAGUUGCAUACUUAAUAAUAAUGAAAAAGAAAAUGUAGAAAAAAAUAGUUUUGAAAAUAAUUACAAUAAUUGCUACCUGAAUGAAAAAAAAAAAAGUAAUAAUUUUUUAAAUAAUGAAAUUUUAAAAAGUUUAAAUGAUAAUUUUGAUAAUCCUACCGACUUUAGCAAUAAUAAUGAAGAAAAUAAUUUAAAUAAAAUUGAAGAAAAUUUUACUAAUUAUAAUAAUAAUAAUAGAAAUUCAGAAAACAAUAUACUAAAUUAUAACGAUAAACAAUAUCGUAAUAAUAUAGAAAAGGGAUGCAACCCGUUGACAUUCCCCAUUGAAAGCCUACCUAAUACUAUAGAUGAUAUACCAUAUAACGAAUUUACAAAUAAUACAAAUUAUAAAUUUAAAAGCACCUCCGAUCAUUUUGCAGAUAAUUUAGAUAUCCCCACAAUGCAUCAUAAUACAAUGGCAGAUGAUUGUAAUGCUUCAAGCAAGAAUGUUGAUAAAAAUAAACAAAAAGAAGAUGUAAAUCAUAAUGAAAAAACAAUUUAUAACAGUGAAGAGAAUUUAAAUAGUAAUUAUAAAAAUGAGGAAUUAUAUAAUUAUGAUGACACAACGAAAGAAGAAACACAAGAUGAACACAAUGAUAAUACUGACAAAAAUGAAAUAAUUGAUGAAAGCCUCAAUGCGGAUAAACACAAUAGUGAUGAUAAUUCUCCAAAUGAUGAAUCAGAAGAUGAAACUGAUCAUAAUAUUUGUAAUUCCCAGGAAAAUAAUAAACAAAUAAAAAUGGAUAUUCUUAAUAUGAGUUCAACAGAGGAAAAUACAAGUAUUAAAGUGGAAACAGACAAUUGUGAUGAUUAUAAUAAAUCUCAAAGAAAUGGGGAAAAUGAAGAAAUAAAAAAUGAUAAUCAAGACAAUAUUGACGAUUUGUGUAGCCAAAUAAAGGGCCUUCAAAAUGUUGUAGAAAACAUGAAGAAGGAAAAAAUCCACCUUUUAUCAAAAUUUAAAGUGUAUACAUUAAAUAAUAAAAAAGAAAUAGAAGAACUAAAAAUAAUAUGCAAAAAUAAUGAAGAAGAUAUUAAAAAAUAUAUUGAAGAAAUAAAAAGUAAAAGUUUAGAAAUAGAAAAUUUGAAAGAAGCAUAUUCAAAUGAUGUGAAUGUUUUUAAAAGUAGUAUAAAAAAAGAAAAAGAACUAAACUCUGAAUUAAGAGAAAAAUUUGAAUUAUUAAAUAAAACGAAAGAAUGUAUCGAAAUGGAAAUUGAGCAAAUUAGAAAAAAUAAUGAAAGUAUAAAAAUGGAAUUAAAGGCAAAGGAAAAAAUUAUAAAUAUGUUAGAAAAUGAAAAGAAGGAAGAAAUGGAAAAAGCUAGACGUUUUGCAAACAUUGACAUAAGUGAUCAAGACGAAUUAAUAGCAUUAAAAAUCGAUACAGAGGUAUUAGUAUGUUUUAAAAAAAAUAAUGAAUAUUUUAUUAUACCAAAAUAUUUAUUUGAAGAAAACUUUAAAAACAUAAAAAUACCUGACCCUGUUCAGGAAAAUUUUGAAAAAAAGCUAAAGGAAUAUAAAGAUGAGCAGAUUUUAAAUAUAAAAAAAUUGGAAGAAGAAAAAAAAUAUAUAGAAAAUGAAUACAAUGAAUAUAAAGUUAAAGUAAAUUCACUAAUAAAUGACACAAGUGAAAAUUAUAAAAGUUUAGGUGAAACAAAUAUCAAAAUACAAGAUUUAAAAAAUAAAAUAUUAAAAUAUGAACAAGACAUCAAAAAUUAUAAAACCGAAUUAAAUAAUCUUAAUGAAAAAUAUAAACUAAUACAUCAACAACUUUGUAAGGAAAAAGAAUUAUCAGAAGAACAAAAUGUAAUUAUAUCUUCGUUAAAAAAACAAAGUAAAAAGGAAAAAGUAGAAAUAGAAAAAAAAUAUAAAGAAUUAUUCGAUAUAGAAAAUCAAAAAAAAAUUGCAGAAAUUAAAGAAAUGUAUAGUAAUAAAGAGAAAUUAUUGCAAGAAAAAAUUGAAGAUUUAAUUUAUCAAAUAGAAAAAUUAACUUUUCCUAAAGACGAUAAAACUACUGCUCUACGUUCAAACUUAACAAAAUUGGAUAAUCCCCUUAAUGAUAUAUCUAGUACCGAUGAUAUUAUUGAAAAGGGGAACAUAUAUAAUCAGGAAAACAAAAAUCAUGGAAAUUAUGCCCUGACUGUUAAUAAAAAUUCAGUAAGUGAAAUGAACGAACAAGGUAACGUUGGUGCAGAAAGCGUUGACACAUUUCACCAUGAUUACAUAAAUCGAACUGGAGAAAAUUUAGAAACUGGAACUGAAAAAAACAAUAAGAACAAGAUAAAGCAUGAAGAAGACACCAAAAUACCAAUAUACCCUAAUGAAUAUAAAAAAAUAAGGAAAAAAUUAGAAACGUAUGAAAUUUUAAUAGAUGAAGAAAAAAAAGAAAAAAAAAAAUUAUUAGAACAAAUAAAUGCAUUAACAAAUCAGGUAAAAAAUUAUGAAUCAAUACAUGGAAAUUAUGAACAUGUCAUGUAUCAAAAAAAUAUUCUUUCAAAUUUUAUAUCUCAAAUACCAUCACAUAUAAAAAUUGAUGAUUACGUUACAAUUAUUUAUAACUCUUUCAACUUUUCCAACAAAGAAAUUGAUUUUAUUAAUUCCAAGAGAUCACAAAAGUAA